GCAGAGCAGAGGAGGCGGGGCUGCGCUGGGAGUCCUGCAGGCCCCUGGGCCCCUAACAUAGCCGUGGAGGAAGAAACCUCCCAGGAGCAGAGUGGUGCCCCCGGCCCGACCUAGACACACGUGACCAUUGCCAGCCUGGACCUGCCUUGAGACACCCAGGCUGUGGUCAGCCAUGCACUGCAGGGCGGUACUGCGCCUGCCACCCCCACAGCACAGGAGCCUGGGGUCCAGAGGGCAUUGGGGACAAAAGCUGGGAUUGCUGGCCCUGCCCCCACCCUCCGGAGGGUCGUCAAGGAGACUGAUCCCAGUCCUGGGUGUGUAGGAAGGGGCUCAGAUUACAGGGUCCCUCCCCUCCCCCUCUCGGGCCAGAGCCAGCCCUUCUCCGCCCCCGGUGACCCUCAUGGCCAGUGGCUCUGUGCUCCUGGGCCUCUGGCCCCUCCCCAACCUCCUCCCCUCUACCCUGUGCUGACCGGGGCCUGGAAGCCCCCACACGGUUCAGACAGAGGGGCCAGGCUAAAACUGGAGAGGAGCCAGUACUGCACUGACGGCCUCUGAGAACCUGGGAGACCCAGCAGGGCUUUGGCCUCGGGUGAAAGGGAGCCUGGGGGUCCUUGUGGGGGCGCCGACCACAGGCACGGAGGGUGGAUGCCUGCAGGACGUUGGGCUCAGAGGAGCCCGAGGGGCUGGUGGCCACACCCCCCUGCCCCCUGGCUCGGCGGCCCCCAUGCCCACCCCACGGCCACUCCUGCCUCUCCUGCUCCUCUUCCAGCUGACCUUGGGGGCCGGCUUGCUGCCAGGGCCGGGGGGCCACCCGGGUGUGUGCCCCAACCAGCUCAGCCCCAACCUGUGGGUGGACGCCCAGAGCACCUGUGAGCGUGAGUGCAGCAAGGACCAGGACUGUGCGGCCGCCGAGAAGUGCUGCAGCAACGUGUGCGGCCUGCAGAGCUGCGUGGCAGCGCGCUUCCCGGACAGCCCAGCCGCGCCCACCACCAUGGCGGCCUCCUGCGAGGGCUUCGUGUGCCCACAGCAGGGUUCCGACUGUGACAUCUGGGACGGGCAGCCGGUGUGCCGCUGUCGCGACCGCUGUGAGAAGGAGCCCAGCUUCACCUGCGCCUCGGACGGCCUCACCUACUACAACCGCUGCUACAUGGACGCCGAGGCCUGCCUGCGGGGCCUGCGUCUGCACGUGGUGCCUUGUAAGCACGUGCUCAGCUGGCCGCCCAGCAGCCCGGGGCCGCCGGAGACCACCGCCCGCCCCACGCCGGGGGCCGCACCCGUGCCUCCCGCCCUGUACAGCAGCCCCUCCCCGCAGGCGGUGCAGGUGGGGGGCACGGCCAGCCUCCACUGCGACGUCAGCGGCCGCCCGCCACCUGCCGUGACCUGGGAGAAGCAGAGUCACCAGCGGGAGAACCUGAUCAUGCGUCCCGACCAGAUGUACGGCAACGUGGUGGUCACCAGCAUCGGGCAGCUGGUGCUCUACAACGCGCGGCCCGAAGAUGCCGGCCUGUACACCUGCACCGCGCGCAACGCCGCAGGCCUGCUGCGGGCAGACUUCCCGCUUUCUGUGGUCCAGCGAGAGCCGGCCAGGGACAGGGCCCCCAGCGUCCCAGCCCCCACUGAGUGCCUGCCAGACAUGCAGACCUGCACAGGCCCCGCCUCCCCCUCCCCUGCCUCCCCACACCUUGUCCUCUGGCACUUUGACCCGCAGCGGGGUGGCUGCAUGACCUUCCCUGCCGGUGGCUGUGACGGGGCAGCCCGGGGCUUCGAGACCUACGAGGCAUGCCAGCAGGCCUGUGCCCGCGGCCCUGGCGACGCCUGUGUGCUGCCUGCCGUGCAGGGCCCCUGCCAGGGCUGGGAACCGCGCUGGGCCUACAGCCCGCUGCUGCAGCAGUGCCACCCCUUCAUGUACGGCGGCUGUGACGGCAAUGGUAACAACUUCCACAGCCGUGAGAGCUGUGAGGACGCCUGCCCCGUGCCCCGCACGCCACCCUGCCGCGCCUGCCGCCUCCGGAGCAAGCUGGCACUGAGCCUGUGCCGCAGCGACUUCGCCAUUGUGGGGCGGCUCACGGAGGUGCUGGAGGAGCCCGAGGUGGCCAGUGGCAUCGCCCGCGUGGCGCUGGAGGAUGUGCUCAAGGAUGACAAGAUGGGCCUCAAGUUCUUGGGCACCAAGUACCUGGAGGUGACACUGAGUGGCAUGGACUGGGCCUGCCCCUGCCCCAACAUGACAGCAGGCGAUGAGCCACUGGUCAUCAUGGGCGAGGUGCGCGAUGGCGUGGCUGUGCUGGACGCCAGCAGCUACGUCCGCGCUGCCAGCGAGAAGCGCGUCAAGAAGAUCUUGGAGCUUCUGGAGAAGCAGGCCUGUGAGCUGCUCAGCCGCUUCCAGGACUAGCCCCCACAAUGGGCCUUCGCCGCCUGAUGUCCUGGUGAAUAAACGCACUCCCCGUACCCCAGACCUCCUGGCUUGCUGCUGCUGGUCGGGCGGCCCUCACCCUUCCAGGUGCCCCAUCCCCAGCCAGUUUCCAGCUGAGGCCUUGGCACCCACUGGGGCUUUGGUACAAGGUCACCCGGGAGCACCAGCCCACUCUUGCAUCCUUCAACCAGCUCCAUCCUGACUCAGCAGCCAUCCCGGCCCCACGCCCACUGCCCGAGCUCC